AUGAUCAAGCUGAAGUACCAAAAGCAGCCAAAACCCUUCCGGACUAGGCUGCGGCGCUCCGACGAAUUGCUACCAAGCUGCCCAAGGCCUGCCUUGCUGCAGCGCGGAUUUGUCGAAGAGCAGACUGCGCCUCUGCAGAGUGCAUCGAAAAAUGAGACGGCGAAGAAAUUUCGCGAUUGGCUCCAGGCACUAUCGCCCCGAACUCUGGUCGUCUAUUCCGACGGGUCCCGUUCUACCGAAGGCCACGCCGGAUAUGGCUAUGUUGUUCAUCGGGACGGAUCCACCGUCUUGCGCGACAAGGGCCGUCUCGGGCCCGCCGAGAUUUUCGACGCUGAGGCGAAAGGUGCGUUGGAGGGGUUGAAGGCUGCGGUGAGCCUUCCAGAAACUGACCGCAUCUUUGUCUGCCUCGACAACCUCGCGACCGCAACAUGCUUACGGGGCACGCCGAGCGACUCCUCGCAAGAGGUCUUCCUUGAGUUUCAAUCUUUGGCGCGAAAAUACGGAGCUGUGGAGGUCCAUUGGAUCCCCGGCCAUGCUGACAUCCCAGGCAACGAGGAGGCUGAUGCUCUGGCAAAGGCGGAGCAGCACUGCCAGAACCCGCUGAUAACGUCCCGACGCUAG